AUGCCGUUAGAUCUGUCAUCUGACUGUGAGUGUCCUAAUUGUACGGAGGGUGCUGAGAAUGAAUCUGAUUGGAAUCCAAGUUUCAGCAAAAGUGAUAAUGGCUCUUUAUAUUCAAUAUCAAGGAAGAAAUCCAUGCCUUCUUCCAGCGAGCAGAGCUUUCCUUCUCACUGCUAUUCCACCAGGCCAGAGAGUGAUAACAAAGGUGAGUCAGCAUUUCUUCCCUCAGAGGAGGAAGGCUAUGUGGAGUCUUCUCAAAACAAUCAUCCCAUUCUGAGUCAUGAGGAUAUCAAAAUGAAAAUCAUUCCACUGAGAGAACGAACUAUCCAAGAGUUACUGAAGGAGUUUGGGGAUAGCGGAAAAUUCCAUCCAAAUUCCAUGUCCCUGGGCUACUUUAGAGAUCAGGUGGUUAUGAAGUUCAGAAGAGCUCUGUAUUAUUCUGGAAUGUGGGUGUCUCAUGUCCAAGGCUACAGAGUUGAAAAGCACUUUUCAGCUAAUCAUUUCAAAAAAAAUCCUGGUUGCCUACACCGACUGGUUCCCUGGCUGAAACGGGAACUAACAGCUGUUUAUGGAGAUUAUGGCUACACAGUGAAGAAUAUUCUAGCCACCAUUCUGCAUCACAUGAAAGAAUAUGAUUUAGACAGUGAUUCCUUCGUUCACCUCCUAGAACCUUAUCUUCUACAACACACCCACCAUUUCCUGCAUGAGUUUAUUAGUUUCGUUCACUCACCGUACAACAUGGAGACCUAUGACCAACGAGCCAUCUAUCAAUGUCCUGUUCCUUCAACAUCUGUAAGAGGGAAGUCCAUUGCAUCUCCUCCUGUUUUGCCUUUGCCUAAGUAUCAUGCUCUACAGAUACUGAAACAUAACCCAAAGCCAUCUAAAAACAUCCAGGAUCAAUGCAGUAAAGCAGAGAGACCUCUGUCAGGCUUGAAACAAUUUCCAAAUGGUAACACUUCCUUGAAGAAAUCUGAAAUCUCAUCAGUCCACCAUAAAACAGCAAGCAAAAUCCAUGAUUUCAUCAAAGAUAAAGCAGAAUCAGGCAACCCAAAAGACACAGUUUCUCCUAAUAAUAAGCCGGUGAGUUGGGCUUCCCCAAGGGACAAGGGCCCAGGCUUAUUGAGUUGCAAACAAAAAGUUCAAGAGAAAAAGUCAGAAGGAAUAAAGUUACUUCCAUGUUAUUUCCAUGAUCUUGGAAAGAGUGAAACAACAGCACGUACCUUCAGUACUCCAGCAAUUUCUAAUCAGGUGCAACCACAGAAGUACAGUGUAAGGGGAAGAAGUGCUUCAAGCCUAGGCAAGAAAAAAAACAUCCAGAACAAACAAGAAGAAAAAAACAAAUACUCUGAUUCUUCACUAAAGAUCUUUCAAAGGCAUCCCAGAGACAGAUCCUUGACAGGUCGCAAAACUAGAAAAAGAGACCCAUCUUGUAGUUGCAUUUCUGAAAAUACCCUUUCUCCUAAGAGAGAUGGUAGGAAGACAAAUUCUUUUAGAAAAAGGAGGGUGAAGCGCAGACAAUCCUCCCAACUUGUAGAAGUUGGUUCACACUUCAGUAGAAGAAUUCAAAGACGAUCAAGGUCCCGUACUCAUAGGUCCAAAUCUUGGUGUGUUGGACAUAGGAAGAGAUCUGUAAGCAGAGAAUCAAGCAAUCUUUCCCUGAGAGGAAGUCACAGAAAUGAACACUUAAUCCAGAAUAUGAGAUGUGCUCCUUUAAAAGAAAAGAAUGUGCAUAGCCAUGAAUCAAACUAUGAGGGGAUGUCUUCAUCCACAGUCCAAUAUCUGAGGCAUUCUCCAACUGCUGGGAAGAGAACCAAGUGUCCUGCUAAAGGUGAGAGUAACAGUCCCACAUGCCUACCACUGGAGAGAUACAGAUUCUCAAGUGAACAGGAGAUAAAGCAAAAUCCCACAUUUCCUAGAUGUAGAGGAAACAGAGCACUUAGGAACAGAAAAAACAAAUGCCAGGAUUCAGAUAUACAAAGUAUGGAGGAAGUCAGUGAUGAAUUGGGGGAUCUGGAUGAUAUUAGGCAAAUGAGCAGUCUUUCUGAAGUACACCUUCCUGCAGGAGGCAAAUCCAUGAAAAACAGAAGAAUGUGGGUCUUCGGAAAUGUCAUUGGGUCAGGAAUGAACACCUAG